AUGUCGGUAAGAAAUCGUACGGCACCCGAUCCCGACAGAAUAAGACCAGAACACCUGAAGAGCCUUCUGCCAGUACUCAUCAACACCCUGGCGAGGCUCUUUACACGUUAUCUGUCGGAAUGCAAGGUUCCUAAACAGUGGAAGACCAGCAACACCGUGUUGUUGUAUAAAAAGGGAGAUCCACAUGACAUCGGCAACUAUCGUCCAAUCUGCUUACUGUCCGUCAUCUACAAGCUCUUUACAAGAGUGAUCCUUAAUAGGUUCGAAAAAGUCUUAGAUGAAGGACAGCAUGCGAGCAUGCAGGGUUUCGAAAAGGAUUCAGCACGAUAG